CGGAUUCGAACCGGGCGGCGGGGAAGCGGCGGCCAUGGCGGCGCAGCAGCAGCAGCUCGGCCGGGAGCACCAGGGCAUCACCCUGCGCGGCAGCGCCGAGCUCGUGGCCGAAUUCUUCUCCUAUGGGAUCAACAGCAUCCUGUACCAGCGGGGCAUCUACCCCCCCGAGACCUUCACCCGCGUGCAGAAGUACGGGCUCACCCUGCUGGUCACCACGGACCCCGAGCUGGCCAACUACCUCAACAACGUGACGGAGCAGAUGAAAGAGUGGCUGUACAAGUGCAUCGUGCAGCGCCUGGUGGUGGUCAUCUCCAGCAUCGAGAGCAGCGAGGUCCUGGAGCGCUGGCAGUUCGACAUCGAGUGUGACAAAACUGCGAAGGAUGACAACGGACCACGAGAGAAAUCUCAGAAGGCAAUUCAGGAUGAAAUUCGCUCUGUCAUCAGACAAAUAACUGCCACAGUAACCUUCCUGCCACUCUUGGAAUCUGCCUGUGCCUUUGACUUGCUGAUAUACACAGACAAGGAUUUGGCAGUGCCAGAAAAGUGGGAAGAGUCAGGACCACAGUUCAUAGCCAAUUCAGAAGAGGUUCGGCUGCGUUCCUUCACCACCACAAUCCACAAAGUCAACACCUCAGUGGCUUACAAGAAGGAUUCUGUUCCCUAAGAUGCAGGGGCAAGUUCUAUGUGUGUAAAUAUCCUGUCACCUUGUAUAGUUUCUGUUCAUCAUGCAGCUAAGCCAUGAACACAUCAUUACUGUCCUCUGGAUGAAGUAUGACACAGUGACAAAAUGCCUGUCUGUGAUAAUGUGACACUAGACUAAGCUGGCAUAAUUUUUAAAGAUAUUUUAAAAAGUAUUCAUGGUCAUAGUUCAAUUCUUACUGUAUGAGCUAAACUAAUGGUGUGUUAAACCACUGCCUCUGUUAGAAAAACUGCCUAAAUCUAGGAUUAGCUGCUAGAAUUGUGUUAAGAUCCUGUAAUUUUAUAUUCUGAAAUUAUUAUAAAACUGCAUUCUGUUAGCAGUCUUAAGUUCUCUGUAGCAACUAAAAAAAAUAAUUUCAUUCCUGGGGUGCCAAUUCUCAUGUUAAAAGCCUGGGCUGUUUUAUUACCAGAAAUAACCCUAAAACAAAACAACCAAGCAGUUUUUUUACCUCUCUACAAUGGCAGCAGCUGUUUAUCAGGAAAACUUUAAAUAAAGCCAUGUAUUUUAACGACCACUGGGCUCUAGUUCUGGGGAUGGAGUUAUUCCGUCUGUCUGUAGUGUCUGUCCAGCAUUUUCUAUGUUUUUAUUCUUGUUUUACAGAAUAAAGCUUCGAGUUUUAUAGUGUUCUCUAA